AUGGCUGACACGUCUAAAUCCCCUGGCCCGGGAGGCUUUCUCCCGCAGCACCCUCUCCCAUCGCCCGCGCCCAGCGGAUCCUCGACGCGCCCUGCUUCCGGCCUGCCACACCCAAGAUCCCAUCCCUUGCGCGCAGGGUCGGGAAAGGAGCAGAAGAUCCGCGCGUAUGUCGACAACCAGUUGAUGUAUAUACAGCGGCGCUUUGUCAAGAAGAACGUGGUUGCUAAGCCAGACGAUGACAUCGUGGGAUACAAGACCAUAGGGGAGCUUUGCAAGGACCUCGGGGCGCUGUUGGACAUAAUAUGGCUGUCUGGAACGCCCGGCCUCCAAAUACCCUACCUCCUUAACAUUGCGAACGAGUUCACCGAAUGGGUCACAAAGUUUCCUCCCCAGCCCGAACCUCUAUUCACGAUCCUAAGCAAACUCGACUACUGCUUCGCUAGCCUCUUGGCUGGCCAAGAUGCCGAUACCAAGGAGACGCUCCCAGGCUUUGAGAACGGCAUCCGCGGGGUGAUUAACCAAACGGACAUGGUCCGCUGUAAGAGCAUAGUGGAGCAGACGCGCGUGGUAAUCGUAGAUGUCAUGAGCGAACAGCCCGAUGAGAAUGGCGGGAAUGAUGAUAGCGAGACCGAGGAUGAGACCGAGAAAGAGAUCACAGAAGCUGAGACGGAUACGGAGGAUCCCACGAGCGCCGUGGAGAGCAGUGGAUUCGUGGACCCUAAUUGGGAAGAUCCUGACGAUGAGCUGUACAUGGACGUGGCGAGAGUCUACGAGAAGACGCUUGUUCAGCUGGGCGAGGUAAUGGAUCAAACUGCCUUGUCAUGA